UAAUGACAACAACAAAAACAACAGCUACAGACAAACAACAUAAGACAAUACCCGCAUCUCAUCACAUGGCUCAUUUGGCACCGCCACCAGCACCACAGCACCACCAACAGCACCACCAGCAACAUCAUCAGCAACAGCAACAGCAUCAGCAACAGCAACAGAAACAACACCAGCAUCAGCAUCACUAUCAACAACAAACAGCAACACACAGCAGCAACACAUACGAAAUGUUGUACUCCCACAACCAACAAUCGCACCGCCCGCACCCGCCGCCAAUAGAGCUGCGUGCAACACAACCAACAUCGGCAUCAGCCGCAGCUGUAGCCGCAGCAGCAGCAGCAGCAACUCGCCAGCAACAGGAGCAACAGCGUCAACUAAAGAAGCGACAGCACGCUAGCAGCGGCAGUGGCAGCAGCAGCGCUGCCAGCAGCAACAGCAGCAACAGCAACAAGAGCAGCCGUACCGCUGCCCAGCAGAUGGCCGAGGCGGAGCACGCCUAUUUGUCCACGCUCUAUGGAAAGGCAGCAGCCAAUAUGCUCAGUCCGCCGCUGAGCGGAGCUUCUGUUGCUGCGCAGCAGGAGGCGCGUCGCAGCAGCGCCUUCGACUGGAGUCUGGGUACGCAUCAGCAGGAUGUGGCCGCCACACGGCACCAGCAACAGUUGCAGCAGCAACAGCAACAGUUGCAGCAACAGCAACAGCAACAACAACAGCAGCAGCAGCAGCGUGCGCGUCGCGCUGCACCAAUGGAGACGACCAGCACGCGUGUCGCCGCAGCAGCCGCCGCAGCAGAGCGUCAGCAGCGGCAGGCGAUCAUGCAUCGGCGGCAUAGCAUUUGUGCCGCUGGCAUUGCCAGCCUGUCGCCCGCCUCGUCCACGCACUCGUCGUCGACGGCCGCGUCGCCAACGGCCGCUGCUGCGGCACUGGCAGCGGCCUCCUAUUAUGGCGCCUUCUCAGCGCCCUAUCAUCAUAUGAAUGCGGCGGCAGCGGCAGCGGCAGCAGCAGCGCACCAUCAUGCACAUGGGCAGCCAUCACCGACGAUUUAUCCGCCGACGCCGCCGCCGUCGGCGCCCUGGGUGCAUCCCUGGUAUGCGGGCGAUGCCUUCUGAGAGGACACGCGCGCACGCCUGCACUCACGCACGCACGCACGCAUAUGAUACCAUGUAAAUUAAUAGACUAUGCCUAAGUUAUUUAUUAAUUUCUUUCGAGAUAACCAUUUUUUUCCACAUUUUUUUUUUUUUUUUUUUUUCAUAGCUUGUAAGUAGGUUAACUAAUUUUCUGGGCAUAAUAUGCC